CUACUCCUUCAUCUUCUCCUCUGAGAAAAGAGUUUAAUCUCUGCUUCAAGAUCGAAGCUUCGAGCUUUUCCGUUCACUGAAACACCUUUUUUUUCGGCAGUUUUGCUGAUUUUCACCGUACCCUUUUGUUCAAUCUCCGUGCGUUUCUGGGAAAUUUGGUGUGUUCGUGAAAUUCCCUUAUUUUGUUCUGCAAUUAUCUAUAAAUUUUUGUGGCUUAUAUCGGCGUCAGUUUCCGAUUUUUCUCCGUUUUUAAGUUGAAUCGAGCAGUGUCUGAGCUUAUCCCUUUUCCUUAAUGAGGAAAUCUAGUCUGGGAUUAUGUGUGAACAUGGAUUUCAGCUCUGUUUUGGGUAAUUGAACCAUUUGAUCUUUGAGAUUCCUCGGAUAUUCGGAGCUGGAAGAGAUUUUUUCUUUCUUUUUCUGGGGAUCAGAGUUGGCUGAUUUGGAAAAGAAGAAUGAUUUUUUAUUUGGGACUAUAUUCAUCCCAAUAAAAGUGUGAAGAAAGAUUUUUCUCCUCUGUUCUCGGAAACAUCAGCUGUCGCCGGAGCCGUCGUCGUCGGGGAAUUGAUGGUGUCGACGGGAAUGACUGUACAGGAUCAAAAUGGAGGGACAAGCAUCCCUGCUUCGACUGAUAUGGGAGUUUCGGCUGCUAGGAGCAUCCAACACCUCACCCCUGCAGAUGAACAUGCUCCGAAGGCAAGGAAACCGUACACCAUCACGAAACAAAGGGAAAGAUGGACCGAGGAAGAGCAUAACAAAUUCCUCGAAGCCUUGAAACUGUAUGGUAGAGCGUGGAGGCGUAUAGAAGAGCAUGUGGGCACAAAAACAGCAGUUCAGAUUAGAAGUCAUGCUCAGAAGUUUUUCUCAAAGGUUGUUCGUGAGUCGAAUGGUACUGAUGUGAAUUCUGUGAAACCCAUUGAAAUACCUCCUCCUCGACCGAAGAGAAAACCAAUGCACCCUUAUCCCCGCAAAUUGGUGAUUGCGGGUGGAGCCCCAGCCCAAGAGAAACUAACGAGUUCUGUACCCUCUAAUUUAUGUCCCGUAGAGAAAGAAAACCAAGAAAACCAAUCUCCUACGUCAGUAUUAUCUGCACUUGGUUCUGAAGGCGAAGGCACAACGGACUCCACGCUAAAUGGUAGCCCGCCUCCUGUUUCGUCAGCUCUCGGUGACAGUUCUUCGGGCUUUCUACCUUCUGAGCAAUGCAAUUUGUUGCAAGAAGAGAACAGAUCUUCUUUGCCUGUCCAACCGAGUACUAAUCCCGGUCCGGAUGAGCAACCAUUUGCGAGGCUAGAAUUGUUCCCGCAAGAAAAUGGAUUCGUCAAUGACUGUUCAACCGAGGCAUCAUCCACCUACAGUCUGAAGCUCUUUGGGAAGACGGUUUUAGUGACUGAUUCUCAUCGACCAUCGUCCCCGACUUCUGGGACCUCUAAGACACUUCCAACAGAAGCAAACGACGAGGUAGCAACACAAUCAUUACCUUGGACUUUUGCUCCGAUGAAAAUUUUGUUCGGCAGUCCCGAAUGCACAUCUACCUCUCUUUACUACCCGCCAACACAGAUUGAAUAUUCCAAUACUGUGGAAAGCGUUCUCGCUCCUUCCCUACCGUGGGGUUUGCCGUAUGCAACUGCAUCUUUCCCUCGUGUUCAGGUGCACGAUCCCAUUCCAGUUAAAGCACGCCCGGUAUUUGACCCCAAAGAGACGGAAGAUAAUGAAAACCGUAAGGAAGCAUCUUCCGCCGCUUCAAACAGUGGGUCAGUAAAUAUUCUAGAGAAACACAUUGGCAGAAACUCAGAAACCGAAACUGAAACCGAAACCGGUGAGAGCGAGGAGCAACAGUCCUCGGAAAAGAUCGGGAGCGAAGUCUCGGCCUUCAGACCAACCGAGACAACUAACUUCAAACUACGAACCAGCUCCAGCAAGAGGAUGAAAGGCUUCCUGCCUUACAAGAGAUGUUUAGCGGAAAGAGCCACCCACUCCUCGACCAUAACGGGCGAGGAAAGGGAAGAACAACGAACCCGCCUUUGUUUAUAGCAGACCCUAAUUAACUCGAUCUCUGGGUUGUUGUUCCAUUCUCAUCUGUAAGCAGAGAUUUUGUGACAAAGAGUGAGCAUCUGACUUAGUGCACAGUAAAGAGAUAUAGCACUUUGGUGGGUGACUGGAUUAGCAUGAUGCAAAAAUGGUGGAUCAGUAGCAGAAGCUUGUCUGGUUUUUCCUAUUCUUUUCCUCUCAUUAAUUGUCCCAAACAUAUAUAUAUGGUCAGAAUAAUGUCUUGUAAUGUUCUCCCUCCACCUGCACAUUCUGAUGAACUUGCUGUGUAAUAUUUCCAUUUCUGAACUGUAUGAGGAUUUUCAAGACACUUUUUGUUUGUCAUGUUCAUAUCAUCCUCUUCAAGUGUGAGAUGAUGAGGCCAUGGCUUGUAACUGUAAUAUAUAUAGCUUCAUUCUUGGAAUCACAGAUUGGUUUACCUA